AUGGCAAUACACAUUCCACAAGCACAACUUACAAUCUUACAAUCGAAAUACAAUUUCAAAUGGAGGAAAUACCACCAUAUGUUUCUAGGUAUUGCCUUCACAAAACAUAUAGAUAAACUAUUUCAAGGCAAUUACGGUAAAACCCAGAUAGAACUCCAAUCCCUGAUGCAAGAUUGGAAGAAACUUUAUGUUUCAUGGUCGGGACGCAUAGCAGCGACUAAAAUGGUCAUAUUACAUAAAAUACAGUACCUUUUCAGAUCAUUGCCCAUCCACAUACCUAACUCUUAUUUCACAAAACUGCACAACAACAUCUCCAAAUUCAUUUGGAUGGGGAAAAGAGCAAAAGUUGCUCUACACACUCUACACUGUCCUUUAUCAGAAGGAGGCAUGAGCUUGCCUAAUCUCAAAGCGUAUUCCCAUGCAGCGAUAAUGAAUAAUAUUGUACACAAACAAACAGCCCAACACAACCUACAGUGGAGCACCAUUGAAAAACAAUGGACCAAAGGCAUAGAACGCCACCAUGUAGCCUGGCUACCGCGACCUCCAAACCAAGACUGGUUGCCAACCACAUCCCUCACUCUAAAAGUCUGGGAUCAAUUCAAACAAAAUCUGACUUCUACAGCACCUUUAUCCAGGGCAACACCCAUUCAGGCUUUCUCACUCAUAAUAGAAGACUUUAAUUACAAGAUAUGGGAAAGACCAAGGAGAGUGCUAUCUACCAUAUAUCGAUCCAUGCAUAAAAAGGCCAAGAUAAAAGAGUACACAUUUGUUAAAGCCUGGGAAAAGGAACUCAAGAAAACACUCUCAGAGGACACAUGGGAAAUAAUUUUUACAGAACACCAGAAGCUAACUCUGUGUGCAUCACACAGAGAACUAUCAAAAAAGAUAAUGUACAGAUGGUACCUAGUCCCUACCCGCCUAGCCCACAUAAGCCCAAGCAAAUCAAACAAAUGUUGGAGGUGCAACACAGAAGUAGGCAUAAUAACACACUUUCUGGCU